AUGGCAAAUAAAAUACUAGAUCCAAUCUUUAGAUUAUACGAUCCAAUUCGUUAUUCAUUUAACAAGAAAAAAGAGGAUUAUAUUAUCAUCUCACCCACUGUUGGUUCUAAAUCCCAAUUGAAUGAUGGUGGUAGAAUUACCUUCGAAAUAAAUUCAUUAUCGAAUUGGUUGCUUCUUUCCGAUGCUUAUUUCAGAUGCGAUUUCAAAAUUAAAGAUGGAACUCCCAAUGAAAAUCGUGUUCCACAAACAAAUACAACGUUAGAAAACAAUUUCUUUCCAUCUUUACUUAGCGAGAUGGUUUUGGAAGCUGGUUCAAAUCCGAUAGAAACAAUCAAACAUCCUGGGGAAUUCGACACAAUGUUGAAAACAGUUUUAUAUCCUAAAGAUUUCGAUUCAGUUUCAGGCUCUAUACCCGAUGUUGGCGAUGGAAGUGUUUUAAAGGAACCGGUAAGAAAUCUUGCAAAUGAUGCCGAUUUAGCUAGAGUGAGAGUUGUUGCUCGAAACACGAUAGAAAGAGUAGGACGAGCAGUUAAUCAUGGAUUCGAAAAACGAGUACUUCAGUAUAAUAAUGUUGUUGAGAAUAAUAGGUGGGGUAAUUACGUAAAUUAG